AUGACACAUGCUGACUCCGUCUUUUCAGAGAAACCGUCUGGGGCUACGUCUCUGACGUUGUACCCGGCCAACGGCAAUGACACAGUCCUUGCGCAGAGCUGUGGGAAUUCCAUUGAGUCUCUCAUCUUCCACGUCGACGAGAACGGCGAUGGAAACUUUCACUGUUGGGCGACAAGACCUACGAAAUUGUGUCCAAUUCUGAAGACGGUGUUAGUUGGCGUUCGAAAGUUUAGCAAUCUGGUCGCAACUGUUGAGUGCUCCAAUGUUGCCCUCGAUGUCCAGGAGCCUGGCAAAGUAUCUUCAGAAGACUGCUUCAAAGAGGAUGAGGCAAAAGCUGCAUUCCAUUCGCUAAAGUCACGAAACAUCAAGCGCGUUCGCAGUCUAUCGGCCACUCCUAUGACUGAUAACAGUCAAGAACAAACGCCAGCGAAUCCACUCAGGCUUCACGCACGUCAGAUCAUCUGCACAUCGUCAUCUAGUACCGAGCUGGUUGGAGAUGGUGACCCACAUCAGAACCAGCUUCACAGGCAGAUUUCACUUCUCCUGGAGGAGGGUGGAUAUCGGGUGGAUUCAGUGUCAGCAAGAGCUGGACUGGCGGAGAAUCUACGUCAUGUCCAGGAAAACAAGGACAGGAAGUCUGCGUUUGGUUGA